AUGUUCAAGCGCUCCUUUGUGUCCAAGAACCGGGCGGGUAAGACCGUCAAGGUUGCCAAGAAGAAGUACGACGAGCAGGCGAAGCAGAAGAUGCAGCAGAAGGCAGAAACCCCUCCAGGGGCUAACCCUCUUACCAGUCCCAUCAUCACCAUGGUCGUGGGAUCGGAACAGCGUCUUUUCGCAGCGCAUGAAGAUGUGCUGUCGCUUUCACCGUACUUGGACGCCAUCCUCAAGGAACAGCCCCUGCAGGACGGCACUAAGCGGGUGGAAUUACCUGACGAGGAGCCCGAGAUCUUGUCAUGUGUCCUGGAGUUUCUGUACAAGGGUGAUUACUACCCACGCUUGAUGCAUGGGAAGCGUCGCGACUCAUGGCAUCUCGAGAACGCCCAGGACCUCAAUAACUCCGGUGGCCGCGGGUCGAGCGAGGCAACCAUCUUCCACUCUAUUGUGGGAGAUGUCGUGCUCCGAGACACAGUGGUCUACUGCGCAGCCGAGAAGUACGGCCUGGAGGAGCUGAAGCGCCUUGCUCUCCGCAAGCAGGGCCUUCAGACCGGCAUCCCGGCCGACGUGAUCUUGCGAUCUGCUCGCUUUGCGUAUGAUCACACACCUGAAUCGGAGUCUCGACUGCGCGCUCAUUACCUGGCUCUUAUCAUCCGCAGCCGCAAGACCUUCAAGAAGAGUGGAACUAUGCAGAUGGAGAUGGAGAAUGGCGGCAAGCUAUUUUUUGACCUGUUUGUGGCUAUGUGCAACCAUAUGGACGAUCUGGCGGAGAUCCGGUAG